CAUUGACCAGGAAUUCCUAAUUAAAGUCAUCCUUUCUUGUCAGCGCGACUUUACAACCAUCAUUCAAGGCUACUCAUUCGUUCAAACAUGGCGGCAAGAAAGCUAGCAGCCGAAAUCGACAAAACGCUAAAAAAGAUUGGAGAAGGAGUACAGGAAUUUGAGGGUAUAUACGAUAAACUACAAAAUGCAAGUACUCCUUCUCAAUCGGCAAAGUAUGAAUCAGAACUAAAAACAUCAAUCAAAAGGCUACAAAGGCUAAGAGAUUCUUUGAAAAAUUGGCUACAGAGCAAUGAGAUCAAAGAUAAAAGUGCAUUGAUGGAAAACAGAAAGUUGAUCGAACAGCAGAUGGAAAAGUUCAAAGCUUCAGAGAAGGAAUUAAAGACCAAAGCAUUCUCCAAAGAAGGACUGGCAGCAUCCAGGCUAGACCCAGCAGAAAAAGCAAAGCUAGAACUGUCACAAUGGCUAUCGAAUCAGGUGGAUGAACUGGCCCGUCAGGUAGAAACAACCGAAGCGGAAAUCGAGCAGCUGGCAGGCGGAACGAAGAAGAAGAAGUCUGGAGGCGCAUCAGAAAGACUCACGCAGCUGGAGCACCUCAACGAUAGACGGAAGUGGCAUUCAUCAAGGCUAGAAAUACUCCUGCGAAUGUUGGAGAACGGUGCAUUGGAAACUGAACGGGUGGAAGAUAUCAAAGAAGAUAUCGGCUACUUUGUUGAGAGCAAUGGCGAUGAAGACUUUGAAGAAGAUGAUGGAAUCUACGAUGAAUUCAACUUAGAUGAAGAAGAGGAAGCAUUCGGAUUGAAGGAUACAGAUGACCUAAUAAGUCAUGAUACCGUUUCUGUAACUGACGAAACGCCGCCACCGCCAGCCAAGCCAGUCGUCAAAGAAACGCCAGUCAGACCGGGAAGAAGGGAAUCAGAAGAUAUGAAAGUGCCGGAAGAGAAGCCAAGAAAAGUAUCCGGAACAUCGACUGUAGCAGCACGAAAAGGAAGCGGGUCGAUGGAUGCAACAUCUGUUGUCAAAGAUUCCAAAGCAAUUCCACAGGCAAACUUUGCACAAGCAAAGCCACCAGGAAUACCGACUACUUCAGUAGCGCCGCCCACGAUCAGUUCGCCAGCAAAGGCCGCAUCUACGACCACUCUACCGCCAAUCCGAUAUGCAGCCGCUGCUGCAGCAGCAGUGUCUCCUACUACCCAGACUGCAUCACCUAUAUCCGGACCACCCGGAAUAUCGUCAAGGCAAGCGUCGGAUGCUGCAGGAGAUGUAUCAGUAAACGCAGCAGCAGAAGCAGCAUCGAAUACAAACGGACAUGCUGCCACGCAAUCGCCAACUACGUCACAUGCACAAAGCCAAUCUGUAUCUUCGACACCUGCUCUGGACAACGCAUCAGUUGCACAACAGCAAUCGGGCGACAGCUCUUCUCUUGGCGGACAACCUCAUUCUCCUUCUUCUACCAAUGUAGGUGCAGGGCCGCCAGGACUGAAGCCAAACGGAGUUUCACCUUCGCCUCCCGGAUUGCAAUCAAGCGCGGCACCCGGACAAGAAGUGCAGUCAGCGAUCAAGUCACCGUCCAACUUUCAACCUGCUCAAUUGGCUGCUAGCUCUGCUGCUGCCGGACUCGUUCAACCUGCAGGAGGUGGUGCAGGCACGAGUGUUCAACAAGCAGCAGCACAGAGGCAACAAGGAACAGAUGCGAGAUUGCCAAGCAGCCUUGCCGAUUUGGUGUCCAGUUUCGAAUCUGCCAAACAAAAUUCGAUGGUCAGAGAUGGAGAUCUUGGACAAGUACACAAAUCGUUGGAGUCCAGCUUAAUGAACGUGCCAGAACCACAAGAUUCGGAUAAACCAAAGUAUUAUGUCCCACAAAAUCCUUAUCCGGCACCACAAUGGUAUCCGCAAUCACCUGCAACAAUUUUCGACAAUCCAGCAAUCUACGAUAAGUUUGAUGAGGAUACUUUGUUCUACAUCUUCUACUACUCCCAGCGUGACUACCAUCGCUAUUUGGCAGCAAGAGAAUUGAAGAGACAAUCUUGGCGGUUCUCUACGCGAUAUGGUACUUGGUUCCGCAGACAUUCUGAACCAAUUUCGAUUAACGAAGAGUAUGAAGAAGGAUCGUAUGUUUAUUUCGAUUUCGAAUCUUCAUGGUGCCAAAGAAGGAAAAACCACUUCAGAUUCGAAUACAAGUAUCUAGAAUCUGAAUUGGCUUAAACAAUUUUUGGUACGAUGUUGAAGAGAUCUGAAAACCAAUUGCAAAUUCAUCAUUUGGGAUCGAUGCGGUUUCCGAUAAGUCUGAUUUGGGAAUGUUACUCGAAGUGCAUUCAGUGUUUUUAUUGUGGGAAUAGGAGGUGUAGCCCAUGUUUGGAUGUGCGAAAAAGACGCUUGGCGGUAGUCAAUUUGCGCAUUCCGAUACAGUGAUACAUCAAAUACCUUUCCCCGUGUAUUCUCUCAACAUCUUCUUUCUUGUAUUACAGCUGAAGUCUUUUUUUACAUAAACAAAGUUUUGACGUGAUCAUCUUUGUCUUUUCUUUACCCCCUGUGUUCAUUAUUUGGUACAAUAAAAAUGAAAUUUGUCAAG